AUGCAUAGCUGUGUAGGGUUAGAUGAUCUGAUGACAGAGGGAGAUAUUUUUGGCCCCGUAGAAGAUAACAAUGAUGAAAAGGUAGAAGAGGAAGAGGAGGUGGAAGAAGAGGAGCCUGAAGAGGAACAGGAAGCAGAGGAGGAUAGUAACAGCUCCGAAGAGGAAGAAGAGGCGGACGACGAUGAAUCGGAUCCGUGGAGUCCGUUACGUCAAUAUGUCGGGGAAGAUAUCAAAGAAACCUACCUGAAAGAAGUCCAGCAGUUCCUGGAUAAGGGAAGAUCCCAAAACUAUGCCGAAAAUGCUGCUUUCAAUGCCCUAUUACCUGUAAGUAGAAGAAGGCUACGAAGGACUUACUUAGAGCGUCUAAAAUGGACUCACCGUAUCAAACACGACGCAAUACACCGUAAAGUCAUGAAGACUCUUCGACGCUUUAUUGAGGAAGACGACAUGGAUUUUGACGAAGCAGCCGAGUCGGCAGUGGCAAAACGGAAAUUCCUGUUAAAGAGAUUAAUGAAAAAGAAGUUACUCCCCGACGACGAUGACGAAGAGGAAGUAGAAGAGGAGGCCUGA